CUUUUUUUUUCAGAUUCAAAGAGUGUUAACUUUUUCUGAAAAGUAAUGUUUCUAAAAUAGCCGUGUAAGAAAAUCAUAACAUGUAAAAAAACCAAUUCUUUUAUUUUAAUUAGGUAUAUAGCAUCAUGUACUUUAGCGAGUGUCUGUAAUUAAAAAAAAAUAUAUGUUUCAUUUAGUUUUGCGUGUAAGAUUAAUAAAAAUUCAUAUGUUUCUCUUAAUCGAAAGACCCGCCACACGUAUAAGCUACGUAAGCAAAACAGCAACGAACCAACAAUGAUAUUUUGAAUAUCGCGACAUAACAUAUUCUUUUCAUAAUACUGAAAUACGUAUAAUAUUGUUGUUUUUAUUUAUUAUCAUGAUAGUAUGUCAUUUAUAUAAUAAAUAUGUAAAACAGUUCGUCAAAAUAAUGUCGUUAUUGCUGUGAUGCUACUUUCACCAAGUAAAAGCACAGAAUAAGACUAAAUGAAACGCACGGUUCUACGGAAAAGUGAAAUAGAACCCAUGAAACUCGUUCGAAAAAUAAAAAACAAUAGCCACUUUCACUGUAAUACUUUAGAUGUUUCUGAAAUUGCGAUAUUGGGUUUUCAAAUUGCAGUCACAAGAACAAGAUCAAUAGUACGACGGAAGAUUUUAAUAAGAAAAGCUCGAUAUUGUUUAUUUUCUACGCAUUUAUAAUAAUUAAAUAAUUUUAUAUUUGCAAUGUUUUCUUGGAGAAAAAUUUUAAAAAUUACUUUCCAAUCGCCUUUAAGACAUUUACAUACUUCCAAAGUUCUACAAGAAGCUAUAAUAAUAGAUGGUAAACAGAUAGCUACUGAAAUUCAGAAUGAAUUGAAAGCAAGUCUGAGUACUUGGAUAAAUGAAACUAAAAAAAGGCCUAAAUUAGUAGCCAUAAUAGUUGGUGAUCAUCCAGCUAGUAAGACAUAUGUAGCAAGAAAAAUGAAAGCUGCAAAGUUUAUUGGCAUUGAAAAUUACACUAUUCACUUAGAAGAAAAUAUAAUGCAGCAAGAGCUUAUUCAAAAAAUUGAUAACUUAAAUAAAGAUCAAACUGUAGAUGGAAUUAUUGUACAGUUACCAUUAGCAAAGCAUAUAAAUGAACAGGAAGUAUGUCAAACAAUUGCACCAAACAAAGAUGUUGAUGGUUUCCAUUUAAAAAAUCUAGGUAGUCUAGCAUUAAAUAGCAGUGGCAUUGUUCCUGCAACUGCUUUGGCUGUGAAAGAAUUGAUAGUCAGAAGUAAUAUAGAAACAUUUGGAAGAAAUGCAGUGGUAGUAGGAAGAUCAAAACAUGUUGGUUUACCAAUUGCACUGCUCUUACAUGCUGAUAGUAAAGAUGAAACAGGUGCAUUAGAUAUGACUACAACCAUAUGUCACCGUCAUACUCCACACAUUGAAUUAGAAAAGUUUACAAAAUUGGCAGAUUUGAUAGUUGUAGCUGCUGGUAUUCCUGGUCUGAUUACUAAAGAAAUGGUCAAACCUGGAGCAUGUAUUAUUGAUGUUGGAAUAACAAGAGUUUUAAUAAACAAUAAGUACAAAUUAGUAGGAGAUGUGGAAUUUGAUAGUGUGAAGGAAAUUGCUGGAUAUAUAACUCCAGUACCAGGAGGUGUAGGCCCUAUGACUGUAGCAAUGUUAAUGAAAAAUACCAUUUUGGCGGCUAAACAAAAUUAUGAACACUCAAAGUGUUCUAAUUUAAACAAAAUUGAAGUUCCUAUUUAUUGAUAAUAUAACUUACUAUAUAUCAAUGUGA